AUGUUUUUUGCGGACGGUUUCCAGAUGAGUCUAAACGGCCCAUUUUACCCGGAAGAAGCCAAGAAAAAGGGUCUGGACCAGUCAAUGAUUGGUAUUACAACCGGAGCCCAGUAUUUAGCUCGUCUGGUAGGCUGUCUCGUUGUCAUGACAACCGCCAACGCUUUCAACCAGAAAUGCUUUUUCGCUUUUGGAGCCUUAGUUAUCGGAAUUUCUCUUUUUUGUUUCUCGCAACUGACGUUCGGACCCAGCGGACCAAUUUUUGCAACGAUGUCUACUCUCUGUCGCAUUUGGAUUGGAUUCUACAGCGCCGGUACGUGGGGUACUGGCUUCUCGAACAUCGCUUCAUUUUACCCUAAAAACGAAGGCCUGGUUGCGGGGUUCAUUGAGUCUUCCUAUGGUGCAGGUCAGAUGAUUGGUCCAUUUCUUGGCAAUUAUUUAUUCGAGCUUGGCGGAUUUUCUGGGCCUUUCAUUUUUGCUGGAGCUCUCGAACUUUUUAUUGGAAUCCUGUGCUUACUUCUGAUUCCAAGUUACGCAUCGCUAUCAAAAGAUACGAAAACUCCGGUGAUUGAGGAGAAAAAGUUAGAACCCGAUGAACGAUCUCGGUUUUCCGGUGGUCGCCUUUCGAGGAUUUCGGCAUCCUCUGAAUCAGAUGAUGAAACGACUGAUUUGCCGCUGCCGCCAAAAUAUAUUUCAAACUUUGGCUACCUAAUUUCGAUUCCGAUUGUUCUUUCGUGUUUGCCGAUUGCAACUGUUAAUUCAUCUCUCGGAUUCAUGAGUGUAGCCCUCGCACCUUUUCUUCUGGAAGAAUUCAAUGUCGGCUCGGAAGGCAAUGCCAAAUACUUUUUCGCAAUUUUCGGAGUCACCACAGUUGCCAGCGCAUUCAUGGGCACACUAAUAGAUCGUGGAUUUGGCGGAAAGUUCUACGCUUCUGCAAUCGUUUUUUCAGCAAUUGGAUAUUUUCUUCUGUUUCUGCCCAGUGUUUACCCAAAGGCUCACAGCACAACUUUUUUCUACACAGCUCUCAUUUUUCUCGGAUUCAGCAUAGCCGGUGCUUACACAGGCAGUUAUAUAGUAACUGAAAAAGCCUCAAUUUUAAUUGGGGUUCGCGACCCGAAAACCGUCAAAAUCGGCGUCGUUACCGCUUUGAACUUUUGGCUCUCGGUAGGCAUAACGAGCGGUCAAAUUUUAACUGGAGGUUACAUCUAUAAUCAGACUUCCUUUUACAUCGCCAGUUUGGCUCAAUGUAUCAUGAUUGUCGUAUUUGGAGUGCCGACAAUUUUCUGGAUGUGGAAAAACAAGUUGUUGGCACAAAUUUACUACCACGAAAUAGCUCCGCAACUGCUAAUUGACGAAAAGAUAGAAAGCGGACCCCCAAUCACGAACAACUUCGUCCACGAGGCAACUUUGUCAGUUAACGACAUAUCCCGAAUGCAUUACAUGUCUUCAAUCGGCAGAUCGAAUGGAGAAUCGAUCAAUGCACUGAUAUCUUCUACUUUGAGAUUUUGA